GUCACUAGUUUAUAAUCUACACGACCAAUUACAUAUACAUGUACAACUAUGUGAGGUAGUUUUGUAAAAUUAUGUUUUGACAUUUCAACACUAACAGUGACGCAGUAUGACCGUGUGUUUACAAUUGGAGAUUUAUCUUAUAGAGUUAGUGAAACAGAUCGUCAUGGAGAUCUAGGACAACAUGGGAGCACAUCAGUCCAGGCUGGACAAAACAUUAAGUAACGAAGAAGUAAACUUUGACCACUUUCAAAUACUUCGUGCUAUUGGAAAAGGCAGUUUUGGCAAGGUUUGCAUAGUUCAAAAGAAGGACACCAAACAGAUGUACGCGAUGAAGUACAUGCACAAGAACCAGUGCUUGGAGAGGGACGCCCUUAAAAAUGUCUUGAGGGAAGUUGAUAUUCUUACCCAGCUAGAACAUCCCUUUCUCGUCAACCUGUGGUUCUCUUUUCAGGAUGAGGAGGACCUGUUCAUGGUGUCCGACCUCCUGCUGGGAGGCGACCUUAGGUAUCACAUAGCUCAGGAUGUGUCUUUCACUGAGGAAGGAGUCAGACUGUACAUUUGUGAGUUGGGGUCUGCCUUGGAUUAUCUACAAAGCAAGAGUAUAGUGCACAGGGACAUCAAACCAGACAACAUUCUUUUGGACGAGGAGGGUCAUGCACAUAUAACGGACUUCAACAUUGCGACAAUAUUGACAGAUGGCCAACUAGCAACCUCCAUGUCAGGCACAAAACCAUACAUAGCACCAGAGAUAUUCGCCUGCGUGGUAGACGCCUGUGUAGGCUACAGUUUCCCCGUGGAUUGGUGGUCACUGGGAGUCACCGCGUACGAGGUCCUGGCUAGAGAGAGACCUUACGACAUACAUUCUGCAACCUCCAUCAGUGACGUAAGAGCACUCUUCGGUAACCCCAUCACCUACCCCAAGACAUGGAGCGCGGGGUUCGUAGAUCUGAUCAGUAAGUUGUUGUGUGUGGAGCCUGGAGCUAGGGUAAGCAGCUUAGAGGAACUUCGACAGAUUGCCUGCAUCAGAAGAGCAGACUUUGAACAGGUUCUCGAGAAACAAACAAAACCAGCCUUCCAACCACCGAGGGACCAUCUCAAUUGUGACCCAACGUUUGAGCUAGAAGAAAUGAUAGUCGAAGCCCGACCUCUACAUAAGAAGAAGAAAAGACUUGCGAAACAGAGAUCUCUGAGGGGCUCAGUUAGCGUUGACAUCACGGAUGCUGAUCUUGAUGAUCAUCUGGCAGAGUUCAGAACCUACAACAGAGAAAAGGAAUUGAUAAGAAGAGAGAUGGAGAGAAAAGAACAAGACUGGGAACAGGAGUUGACGCAAGCAAUGAACGCCUCCUCAAAUGAUACAAACUGUCCUCAGCCUGGCCGAAGUUUGACGGUACCCAGUCCCAACCGUAGAAGAUCAUCUUGCAAGCUGAACGUAACUCCCUCCAGUGUACAAACCAGACUGGCUGCAACUCCUUCUAGAGCUCCGACCACCACUCACAGCCCUAGCAGUCCUCCAAACACCAUCAAGAGCUUCAGCAACUCCCCUACGAUUGUCGUCUCGGAUGGCACGGCCAUGCCAUUCUACUAACACGGGUGAAGUGAAACGUGGUUUCAAUUGUUCAUGACGUUCACAAAUGGAAAGGCAUUACCACUCUAAAUACUGAUGUAGAAGUAAAAAUAUAUGUCUCAUGAAAAGUGAUUAUGGCUAAGCAUUACGUUUACUGAUAUUUUUGUCGAAACAAAGGGAUUAAAGGGCAA